GAGCUUGGGGUAGCUUGGGGUUGACCCGUGAGCCUGUAUUUCUGUUUCGUAGGUGUGUCCGGCUGUAAGUAACUGGGAGAAGGAGGUGGAGAUGGGGACCGAGAAAAGGGGCUGCUUCCGAGGAGGUGGCCUCAAUUAGCCUGGGAACGUUCUCAGUCGGGAGGGGGAGCGGUCCUGCUUCCAACAAGAAAAGCUUUUUCCUUCACCUUCACCACCGCUCCGCCCCACUCCCAUUUUCUCCUGUAACUCUUAUUCACUUCUCUCUUUCCUCUCCUGCCCCCAGUUGGAUUGUUCUAGUGAAGAAGUGGACGCCGCUCUUCUCUCCUUGGCCACGUCUAUGCGUGGUAGCUUCCUCUCCGAUCCAGUUCCAGCUGUUUGCUUUCUGCUGGCUGAGCUGAGCCUCUGGGACCAUGAGUGUGGGCUUCAUUGGAGCUGGCCAACUGGCAUUUGCCCUGGCUAAAGGUUUCACAUCAGCAGGCAUCCUGGCCUCCCACAAGAUAAUGGCCAGCUCACCAGCUAUGGACCUGCCUACAGUCUCUGCACUCAGGAAGAUAGGUGUAAACCUGACCCCCAACAACAAGGAGACAGUGCACCACAGUGAUGUACUUUUCUUGGCCGUGAAGCCUCAUAUUAUUCCCUUCAUCCUGGAUGAGAUUGCAGCUGAUAUUGAAGACAGGCACAUUAUAGUCUCUUGUGCAGCUGGGGUCACAAUUAACUCCAUUGAGAAGAAACUGACAGCAUUCCAGCCAGCCCCUAAAGUCAUCCGUUGUAUGACCAACACCCCUGUGAUAGUACGGGAGGGAGCCACAGUUUAUGCUACAGGAACCCAUGCCCAGGUGGAGGAUGGAAAACUCUUGGAACAGCUAAUGAGCAGUGUGGGUUUCUGCACAGAGGUGGAAGAGGACCUUAUUGAUGCUGUCACUGGCCUUAGUGGUAGUGGACCUGCCUAUGCAUUCACAGCUUUGGAUGCAUUGGCAGAUGGUGGGGUGAAGAUGGGGCUACCUCGGCGGUUGGCAGUUCGUUUGGGGGCCCAGGCUUUACUGGGAGCUGCCAAGAUGCUCUUGGAAUCAGAACAGCACCCAGGACAGCUCAAGGACAAUGUCUGCUCUCCUGGGGGAGCCACUAUCCAUGCCUUGCACUUCUUAGAAAGUGGUGGUUUCCGCUCCCUCCUCAUCAAUGCUGUGGAAGCUUCCUGCAUCCGUACCCGAGAGCUUCAGUCCAUGGCUGACCAAGAGAAGAUCUCUCCAGCUGCCAUCAAGAAAACUCUACUGGAUAAAGUGAAGCUGGACUCUCCUACUGUAUCCACAAAGUCAUCCCCUAAUCUUGUCAAGCUGCUAGUUCAUAGCCAGGCCCCUGGAGGCAAGAAAGACUGAGGCAUCUCCUCUUUUUUUCCUUCUCAUCUCUUUUCCUAGGCACACAGGGAAAAGCAUCUCCAUGUGGCAAUAACAAUCCUUGAUAGAACAUCAGAAAGCCCAUGCCCUAUGGUGUAAAGAUGUGGAUACGUCAGGGCUCCUUCUCACAGAGGUCAGCUUGGGGACUUUCUCCUGGCAACUAGAAAGGUCAAGCUUGCUCCUUUUUCUCUAAAAAUUCAUAUUUCCCCUUCCUUAUAGAUUCUGAGGACUCCUAUGCUGAAAAGAAUGUUUCAAUCAUUCAGCCCAUACCUUUCUCUUCUCUCCUGGAAAUAACCUUUCCAAGAGUUGACCAUCCAUGAAGAGGAUGUCAAGAGUCGUAGACUCAACCCUGGUAGUUGAAUUAGAUAUGCAGGCAUAUUCUGCUUUAGAAAAGGGUAGUUCGUGGGGCAGCCGGGUGGCUCCGUGUAUUGAGAGCCAAACCUAGAGACAGGAGGUCCUAGGUUCAAAUCUGCUCUCAGACCCUUCCUAGUUGUGUGAUCCUGGACAAGUCACUUAACCUACAUUGCCUAGGCCUUACCACUCUUCUGCCUUGGAACCAAUACAGAGUAUUGAUUCUAAGAAUGAAGGUAAGAGUUUAAAAAAAAAAAGAAAAGAAAAGGGUGGUUCUGGAUUCUUGCCCUAAGCCAUGACCUUGACUCUGGGGAAAGCCAAACCACCAAUCUUUCCUUCCUUCUCAUACUUCCCCAAUAAAAAACAAUAAGUUUUUAAAGGAAAAGUUUCCUUGAUGACUUUUACAUAGAAUUUCAUGUACCUAGAAUCCCCUGCCUCUCUACUUCAUCAUCUGUACUUGCUCCCAUACCCUCUCUCAGGCCCCAGGUUUUUUAAUAUGCACCUCUUAACUUAUCUUUUGUAACUGUUGACACCUAGUUUAGCUUUUGGGCUCUACUUUUGUAUAAGUAUUUCUCUGUUACAAUUCUUUAAGCAAAAUAAACCCUUUGCCUUUUCAA